CAUGGCCGAACAGCUGCGCUUCCUGGGUUCCCUGCCUGGCCACAAGGGCUGGGUCACCGCCAUUGCCACUUCUUCCGAAAACCCGGACAUGAUCCUCACCGCGUCCCGCGACAAGACGAUCAUCGUCUGGCAGCUCACCCGCGAUGAGGACACGUACGGAUACCCCAAGCGCAUUCUCCACGGCCACAACCACUUCGUCUCGGACAUCGUCAUCUCGUCCGACGGCCAGUUCGCCCUCUCAUCAUCCUGGGACCACACUCUCCGCCUCUGGGACCUCAACACCGGCCAGACGACACGUCGCUUCGUUGGCCACACCUCGGACGUUCUCUCUGUCAGCUUCAGUGCUGACAACCGUCAGAUCGUCUCUGGCUCGCGCGACAAGACCAUCAAGCUUUGGAACACCCUUGGCGAGGUCUCGUGCGUCCGCUUCUCCCCCAACGUCAUGAACCCUGUUAUCGUUUCCUGUGGCUGGGACAAGGUCGUCAAGGUCUGGGAACUCUCCAAGUUCAAGCUGAAGACUAACCACUACGGCCACACCGGCUACAUUAACACCAUCUCCCCGUCGACCGCAAGCUGCGUCAAGAUCUUCGACCUUGAGAGCAAGUCGAUCGUCGACGAGCUCAAGCCCAGUUUCACCGAUGUCGGCUCGAACUCGAAAGAGCCCGAGUGUGUCUCGAUCGCUUGGUCAGCAGAUGGCCAGACGCUGUUCGGUGGUUUCACCGACAACCUCGUCCGCGUCUGGACCGUCACGUCCUAGAAUCCCCGCGGGGAACUGUAUUAGUGGCGGAUGUAUGCUUUACUUCUGUAGUCACAGGUAUUUCUUUGCAUCUCUUAGCAUCAAG